GGGAAGCCGGGCCCGUCGGUGCCGCCGGGCAUCGCCGGCUCCGGGGCUCUGCCGCGCCGGGAAUCGCUCGGAUGCUCGCUCGCACAGCACGGAGCGAACCCCGGCACGGCCGGGUGACCCUGCGGGCCACGGCACAGCGCAGGGCAGCCGCGGGCGCUCACGGCGGCCGGGGGCGCUCCCCCGCCGCUGCCCGCGCAGGUGGCCGAUGGCGGGGCGCCGCCGGCACGGCCGGGGUGCGAGCGGGCCCCUCCCGGGGAGGCCCCCGCGGCAGCCCGUGUGGGGAGCGGCCGCAGGGCCCGCGCAGCGGGGAGAGGCCUGCGCGCCCCCGCGGCCCGCGCGCCCCCGCGGCCCGGCCGGGACCCCCCGGGCAGCGCCGGGAGACGGGGCGGGGCGGGGCGGCCGCGGCGCGCGCCAGCCGCAUUCCUGGGAUGCCGCGAGCGCUGGACGCGGCCGCGGCCCGGAACGCGCGACGUCAGCGCCGCGGCGCACGCGGCGGCCCCGCGCCCUAUAUAAGGCGGUGGCGCCCGCCGCCGCCUCAGACUGCGCCGGCCGCGCUACCGCUCCGCGUUCGCAUAGCUCCCGCUGCACCGGCGCUGGACAUGGGCUCCGCGGGCACCCGGCCCGCUCUGGCGGCCGCUCUCCUCUGCCUGGCGCGCCUGGCUCUGGGCUCGCCCUGCCCCGCCGUGUGCCAGUGCCCGGCGGCCGCGCCGCAGUGCGCCCCGGGCGUGGGGCUGGUGCCGGACGGCUGCGGCUGCUGCAAGGUCUGCGCCAAGCAGCUGAACGAGGACUGCAGCCGAUCGCAGCCCUGCGACCACACCAAGGGGCUGGAGUGCAACUUCGGGGCCAGCCCCGCCGCCCUGAAGGGCAUCUGCAGAGCACAGUCCGAGGGAAGACCGUGUGAAUAUAAUUCCAAAAUCUACCAGAACGGCGAGAGCUUCCAGCCGAACUGUAAACACCAGUGUACGUGCAUAGAUGGAGCUGUCGGCUGCAUCCCGCUCUGCCCGCAGGAGCUCUCUCUUCCCAACCUGGGCUGCUCCAGCCCCAGGCUGGUCAAAGUCCCCGGGCAGUGCUGCGAGGAGUGGGUCUGUGACGAACGCAAGGAUGCGCUGGAGGAGCUGGAAGGCUUUUUCAGCAAAGAGUUUGGUCUGGAUGAUUCCGAAGGCGAACUAACCAGGAACAAUGAGCUGAUUGCCAUUGUGAAAGGAGGCCUCAAAAUGCUACCUGUUUUUGGAUCCGAGCCACAAAGCCGAACUUUUGAGAAUCCCAAAUGCAUUGUGCAAACAACCUCUUGGUCCCAGUGCUCAAAGACGUGUGGAACUGGCAUCUCCACAAGGGUGACAAACGACAAUCGUGACUGCAAGCUCAUCAAAGAGACCAGGAUAUGUGAAGUGAGGCCAUGUGGCCAGCCCAGCUAUGCUUCCCUAAAGAAGGGAAAGAAAUGUACCAAGACAAGGAAGUCCCCCUCCCCGGUGAAGUUUACUUAUGCUGGAUGUUCCAGUGUGAAGAAGUACCGCCCCAAGUACUGUGGCUCCUGCGUGGAUGGCAGGUGCUGCACUCCCCAGCAGACCAGGACUGUCAAGGUCAGGUUCCGCUGCGACGACGGGGAAACCUUCACCAAGAGCGUCAUGAUGAUCCAGUCCUGCCGCUGCAACUACAACUGUCCGCACGCAAACGAAGCCUAUCCCUACUACAGACUCGUCAACGACAUCCAUAAAUUCAGGGACUAAGUUGUGUUGGGGGGGAUGCAAAACAGAAUUCUGAAGCACCCAGCCACGGAGAAAGGACCUUUGAUGGAAGUUGUGCCUUGCCCAUUUAAAGGGCAACAUCGAGAUGUUACAGGAGUGCACUGUGCAACUGGACACUAAUGCAACAGAGAUUUAAGCAUACUUAAAGCUUCAUAAUACUGGAGCAACCUUACUGCUUCUUUUUGGAGCACCUUAUCUAAUUAUAUACUGUUUUCUGUUUGUAAGUGAUCAGAUUAAUGUUUUGUUCUGGUUAUGAAAACUUUUCUGUCCGAUUUGACACUAUGCUUCUCCCUCUCCCUUCAGUCUUCUCCCACCCUUUCCCAACUAAGUUGGAAGUUACAUUCCUUCCUGAGGUGGGCACUUGUGGGGUGUUCACAGUGGCAGCUAUUGUGUACCAACUGUAGUUUAAUGGCAAACAGAAAUCAGUUGUUUUAAAGCUGAGUAUUUUAUUUAUCAAACUGUAGCUUUUUGUUUGUUUGUUUCCUCUGAGGUUUUUUUACCCCUUCCAGCCCCUGUAAUACUGGAAUAAGUUGUAAAUGAUUUUAAUUUUAUAUUCAAUGAAUUAAAAGAAUUUAUUUAUGGAAUUAAUCAUUUAAUAAAGAAAUAUUUACCUAA